AUGGCAACAAAAUAUGAAGAGCGUCCGAUCCCCAAGAUUUCCUUGUCAAAUUUCGAUCAACGAAUCGAUGAAAUCACCCAGCAGCUAUGCGCCGCCGCCGAAGAUGUCGGCUUCUUCGCCAUCGUAGACCACGGCAUUCCGCAAGCUGACGUGGACACCAUGUUUGCGACUUCCCAAGCCUUUUUUCAGCUGCCCGAGCCCGCCAAGUGUAGCGUGCCGUGGAGUCCCCAGAACGUCGGUUACGAGUACAAGUCCCAAGUGCGGCCAUCCACGGGUGCCGCGGACCAAAAGGAGUCGUAUCAGCUGCAGUUUGGCGAGAACAUGGCCGACAAAUGGAUCAGCGACGAGAACUUGCCGGGAUUCAAGGAUACCUCACUGCAGUUUAUGCACCAACUCCAGGCCGUCUCGAAUCAACUUAUGGUCUGCCUCGCUCGUGGCCUCGGAUUUCCGGAUGAGUAUUUUGUCCAGGCGCAUGACGUGCGACGUCCCAACUCACAGUCCACACUGCGUCUCUUGCACUACUUUGAGACACCCAAGGACGGCGAAACAUACCACCGGGCAGGCGCACACGUGGACUGGGGCUUUCUGACACUGCUCUUCCAGCGCGAGGGCCAGUCGGGCUUAGAAAUCUGCCCCGGCCGCGAAGUCGUGACCGAGUGGGCCUCUGGCGAGGCGUGGACCAAGGUCGCAUUCGAGCCCGGCAGCAUCAUUUGCAACAUCGGCGACCUGCUCAUGAGCUGGUCCGACGACCGGUUCAAGAGCACGUUUCAUCGCGUCAAGGCACCUGAGGAGCCUGGUGACAACUGGGGCGAGAGAUACAGCAUUGCCUUUUUUAACCAGCCGUGCAAGGACGCUCUUAUUCAGGGCCCCAAGAAAAAGUACCCCAUGGUCACGGGGGAGCAGUUCACGGCAAACGCAAUGGGGACAUACUACAAGGCAUUGCAAACCAAGCUCAAGGAACAGCAAAAUCAAGCUGUCAAAGUGUGA